AUGGAGGAGGAAGCUGUGAGGAAGAGGAAGAUUCCCUGGGACCACCAGGUAGACAAGGAGCUGAGGAUGGAGACCAGGGAGGACAAAUCCCCACGGCAGAAACUCGUGGAAGAGGCUGUGUUGAGCAGCUCUACUGCACAUGAAUUUAACAAGAAGGAUAUUUCCCCGAGAUCCUUCAGGAUGAGGGGCUUCAAAUCCAGCCCAGGGUGCUCUGAGGAGGAAAGACCCACCCUGGGCCAGGAAGGUGGACAGAGCUUCAGCCAGAGCUCAGAGCUGGUGGUCUGUGAGAAGCUUCAUGAUGGGGAGCAGCCCUACAAGUGCUUGGAGUGUGGGAAGAGCUUCAGGCAGAGCAGCACCCUGAUCCGCCACCAGAUGAUCCACACUGGGGAAUGGCCCUACGAGUGUGGGGAAUGUGGGAAGGGCUUCAGCCGGAGGUCUCACCUCAUGAACCACCAACGCAUCCACACUGGGGAGAGGCCCUAUGAGUGUCCUGAGUGCCAGAAGAAGUUUCACACCAACUCUAAUCUCCUCAGCCAUCAGCGCAUCUACACUGGAGAGCUUCCCUAUGACUGCCCCACAUGUGGGAAGAGAUUUCACGCCAGGUCCCAUCUCCUUUUGCAUGAGCGAAUUCACACAGAUGAGAGGCCCUUCUGCUGCCCUGACUGUGGCAAGGACUUCAAGCAAAACUCCCACCUCGUCACCCACCGGCGCAUCCACACUGGGGAGAGGCCCUACGAGUGUCCCCAGUGUGGGAAGAGCUUCUCAGACAGCUCUAACUACACCAGACACCUGCGGAGUCACCGGUAA